AGACGCGAAAGAUAUGCCUAUCGAUAGCGCGUCGUGUUUUAAAUUCGUGUACUUCUCGUGGAUGACUGACUUAAUAUGGAAAUCGUUUAGAAAAGGGCUCAAACCUAACGAUGUAUAUAAUUGUUCGCCAUUGGAUUCUUGUCGUAUCAAUAGUUUGAGAAUGGCUAAUAUAUGGGAAGAUGAAUGUCGUGAGGAAGGCUUACAUAAUGCUUCCCUUCAAACAGUGGUCUAUCGGUUCAUCAAAACAAGGCUUGUGUUUUGUUCGCUCUUUUAUCUCAUUUGCCUUCUAUUGGGUUAUUUAAGUUCUACACUGUUUCUCAAGAAACUGUUGGAUUACAUUGAGAACGAAUCCGAUACCAUUGGGACGGGAAUCAAGUGGACGAUCGCCCUAUUCUUAAGCGAAUUGGGCAGAGCGUCCUCUUUCGCUAUAAUGUAUGCCAUUUGUAUCAGGACUGCCAUCCGUACGAGUAGUGCAAUCAAUGCACUCUUAUAUAAUAAAUUGCUAACUUCGAGAACUGUGAACAAAUCGAUUGGAGAAACCGUUAACCUGUUUGCCGUUGAUAUUAAUAAAGUGUUUCAUAUGGUUUAUAUUCUUCCGCUAGUAUUGGGCGGUCCGAUAGUAACUGUAGUGACAGUGGUGUACACGUGGUGGCUGUUGGGGGUGUUUGCUUUGGUCGGGAAAGAAAGAUUAUUGCUUGAAAAAUGCCAAUACUUGCAAUGCGUGAGCACUUCUCUAUCAUUGAUGACACCAUUGAUCAUAACAGUGGCCACAAUACUUGCCUAUACUAUUGCCAAACAGGGAGACCUGACUGCAGCCACAGCAUUCACUCUAGUGAUGGUCAACUAUGUGGCCGCUCACGGCAUUCGUUCUCUUCCGAUAUAUCUUCGAGAUAUAGUCAACGGAAGGAUUGCAUUGAAACGCAUUGAAAGAGUUCUUCAAUUUGACGACAAAGAGAACUACAUUAGACUCACAGCCAAUCCGUCCAAUAGUGUUGAGUUUAAAGGAGCGACUCUGGCGUGGGAUACAUAUUCACCGCCUCCUAAACACCAGACUUCGACUAAAGAAUCGACUAAAGAGAGUAUUGUUCAGCGCACGGGAACUCUCACAUCCAUGUGUUUAUUUGAUUUGGAUCUCGAGAUCCCAAACGAAAAACAUAUUGGAAUUAUAGGAAGUGUUGGUUCGGGAAAGUCUGCACUUUUGACUACAAUUUUAGGCCAAAUGAGACUCAUUACGGGAAAGGUUGGGGUUAAGGGUUCCAUCGCUUAUGUCUCUCAAGACCCUUGGAUUUUGAACGCUAGCGUUAAAGAAAACAUUACAUUUGGCAACAGUUUUGAUUCAAAGAGAUAUUACGAGAGCAUCCGAUGCUGUGAACUAAGUCAUGACAUUUCGAUGUUGGCGGCCGACGACCAGACAGAGAUCGGCGAACGCGGUGUCACUCUAUCGGGCGGUCAGCGGCAAAGAAUUAGUUUAGCCCGAGCUUACUAUGCGAACAAAGAUAUAUACCUAUUGGAUGACCCCCUGUCCUCUGUUGACGGCAAUGUCGGUCAACACAUAUUCAAUAACUGUAUUAAAAAUGGUUUGAAAGAUAAAACUGUUUUACUCAUAACAAAUAAUAUUGAGUGCUUAGAAACUAUGGAUUUUGUUGUGUUUAUGCGCGACGGAAGGGUUGUUAACACCGGUGUUCACAAUCAUCUCUAUAAUAGUGAUGACGAUUAUAGACAACUCAUCGACUCAUCAGAAACGGAAUUUAGCCAUAAAGAAGAAGAGGACAGCAAACCUGUUAUUACAGACCAUAGUCCUGAAGAUAAAGAUGAAGUACGUUUCUCAUCUCCUGAUUGGUCGGAUGUGAAACCCAUUCCUCUCGAUGGCGAAGACAACAAGAGUGAAGUCUCAGAAGUGAUUGAUUUAGAAUUUAACCAAAAUCCUGAAUCGAUCGACACUUUAAUGUCAGACAGAAUAAUAUUGGAUGAAAAGAUGGGAACCGGAAAUAUAUCGUGGGAUACCUAUAAGGCAUAUAUAAGUGCCGGCGGCGGGGCUUUCAUUGUGUCAUUUGUCAUCGGAUGGCUUGCAUUUCAAGCAAUCUCUUCUUCAUUUGCCAACUGGUGGUUAGGCUAUUGGAUAUCACAAGGAAAUGGAAAUGCAACAAAUACAGACAAUAACCAAACUGUAGGACACGAUCUAAUCAUAGAUAAUCCUGAUCUCAAAUUUUAUCAAACCAUUUAUGGUCUCAGUGUUGCUAUAAUAUUAUGCGUGACAUUAACUCUGGGAUAUAUGUUCACGAAAGUAACUCUCAGCGCAUCGAGUCUUCUUCACGACCAGGCAUUGGAAAAAGUGCUCAAAAGUCCGAUGGCUUUCUUCGAUACCAUCCCUAUUGGAAGAGUACUUAAUAUAUUUACGCGAGAUAUGGAUGAGAUGGACACUCAAGUGCCGCAAGCAUUGGAUGGUUUCUUUCAACGUCUAAUGUUAGUUAUUUGCAACAUUUUCAUUAUAAUUCUGGUCUAUCCGUGGUUUUUAUUGCCAUUGUCUGCGCUGGUGGUACUGUUUUGGCUCAUCCAUAUCAUGUUCAGGGGUGCCAUCAGAGACUUGAAGCGUCUGGAGAAUAAUCUUCGCUCUCCUAUCUAUAGUCACAUCACAGCAACCAUUGAAGGAUUGCAAACAAUCAAAGCAUUUAACAAACAAAAGCAAUUUAUUAAUAAAUUUAAUCAAUUGGUUGACUAUCAAUCGGCGCCCAAUUUUCUCUAUUAUUGUUCAAUGCGUUGGCUCUCAACUCGAAUGGAUAUUCUUUGUGUAUUCGUCUCAUUAUUCGCCGCUAUAUUUGCGAUCUGUAGUCAACAGAGUGUCGGCGCAGCCUUUGCUGGUCUGGCGCUCGUCCUAUCGAUGCAGUUGAGCGGUUUAUUGCAAUUCGUGAUCAGAUUGGGUGUCGAUGCAGAGACGAGAUUCACAUCCGUUGAACGAAUCCAUAUGUAUAUACAGACUUUGAAACCUGAAAAGGAUGUCAUCACUCAAACCAAUACAUUUCGGUUGGAAAACUGGCCCUCAAGAGGAAGAAUUAGUUUCAGAGACGUAACGAUGCGCUACAGACCAGGACUUAAACUCGCCCUCAAAAACAUCUCUUUCGAUAUCAGUCCACAGGAAAAGAUUGGAAUUAUUGGCCGAACCGGCGCUGGAAAGUCGUCCAUCACUUCAGUACUGUUCAGAUUAGUUGAACUCACGUCCGGUUCAAUAAGUAUCGAUGAGAUCGAUAUAUCACAGAUCCCUUUGAAAGAAUUGAGAUCUCGCAUAUCAAUCAUACCUCAGGACCCGAUCCUAUUCCGAGGGUCGAUACGAAAGAAUUUGGAUCCGUUUAACGAAUUCAAAACCCAAACUAUAAUGGAAGCGCUCGAAAGCGUGAAUCUAAAGCAAAAAGUGAAUAAUUUAAGAAAUGGUAUCAAUAAUUCGGUCAACGAAAGGGACGCCAGCUUUUCGGCCGGUGAACGACAAUUGCUUUGUAUGACCAGAGCUUUGUUGAGGAAAAAUAAGAUUAUUAUUUUGGACGAAGCGAUGGCUCACGUGGACGGAGAGACACAGAAUAUCAUUCAAAACACAGUUAUGAAUGAAUUCAAAGACUGCACUGUUGUUACGAUCGCACACCGAUUGGCAACUGUGCAAAACUGCGACCGCGUCCUCGUUGUCAGUGACGGAGAGAUCGUUGAAUUUGAUAAGCCGUCAGUUUUGGCUUCAAAUCCGGAUUCAUAUUUCACCAAGAUGCUUAAUAUUUAUCAAAAUUAAUAUAAUUCUUAUCAAUAUUUGAUUCUCAUAUUGAGAUUAAAUGUUAGAUUAAUCAUAAAUAACUCC